AUGUCACAGGAUUGGCAGUCUGUUAGAAACGGACUUGAAAUUUACAGCGAAAUAUUUGGCGUAGAACGUCCACAGCAGGUCAGGAAAAGCGAUCGAGAUGCUCACAAACAGCAGGCCGCGAUACCCAAUCGAUUCGAGCACAUUGAUCUGCUACAAGACGCCAUUGUAGGGGACAUACAGGAUGACAUUGUACCAAUGGAGGUGCAGAAUUAUAUUCUGUCUCACGAUGCAGAACUGCGGUCUGUUUCAGAUACCCAGAGCUUGUCCAGCAACGAAGAAGUCGAAGACUCGGUUCCGAGAUCACAAUUGGCGGGGGCAGUGGUUGCUCAGCGUGCAACGAACCCCUCACAGGUCUCAGUACCGUAUUCUGUAGAAGAGCUCCCACCAGCCCACAAAACGGGUUCUGAACACGGACGUCGUGUUCCCCCGCCGCCAUUAGAUACUUUGCCAAUGGGUCCUAAGCUGGCGCCUCACAAGUCUGUGGCGACGUCACAGCCUGCUAGCUACUCUCCACAAAGGUUCCAAAGCGGUGUUCCUAAGCUCAAGUCGUCAUUCAGCCAAUUUGCUGUAGGAACUACACAGGACUAUCCCAAAAAACAGGUUCUAAACAGCUACUCUGAGCCACACGGCUCGACCGGAGGACAGAAAAAAUCGCCUUUGCAAAGCUUCGGGCUGUUUUCGAAACCAAGCUUGAAAGAGGGCAGUUCAGAUCAACAUUAUGGGACUCAUUCCGCCUCAGCUGGAAGUAAUGCUAAUAGCCCUAGUUCAAGAUCUAUGUCUUUCACAUCCUCAUCAUUGAAAAACUUUGCAAGCUCUUUCCAACAGAAAACUUCGAAUGGCCGUACUGUGUCUCAGAAACAUGUUGCAUCUUCUAAUCCGUUUUACGAGACUCAAUAUCAGAAUCAUUCUCACUACUCGAACAGUACCAUUAAUACUGCGCAACUGCCACAUGGAUUGGGGCUGAAGUCGAGAAAUUCAUCCGCAUCCCUCAAUAGUUCUCAAACUAAUACGAAUGCUAGAAAACUGUCUUCCACUUCUUUGCAUUUUCACCGUCAAAGCAGUGCAUCCUUACAUUCUAAGCCAAUUUUGAGCGCGACCUCUAUGAAGAGGCCUCAAGUUUAUCCUGCCAUGCUUUCCCGCGUUGCAACGCGUUUCAAGAAAUCCGUUCAAUUAGGUGAGCACAAAAAGGAUGGUCUUCUCUACAGAGAUACUUUUACAGGACAACAGGCAGUAGAUGUCAUUUGCUCUAUUGUUAGAACGUCUGAUCGGAACCUGGCUCUCUUGCUGGGUCGAGCCCUCGAUGCUCAAAAGCUAUUCCACGACGUGGUGUACGAACACAGGCUUCGCGAUUCUCCCAACGAAGUUUACGAGUUCACUGGCAACUCCCGCAUAAUUGGCGGUGGAUCAACAGGCAUGGUCCCGGCGUCUCAAGACCCUUUGUUAAUGGGAUCCCUCAAUUCUCACAUAUCCUCCCAUGCAUCAAAGUCUACUCUUGCUACAUCUGUCUCAACCAAUUCAGUUGCUAGUGAGGUAUUCGAGAAACAAAUGGAUCCUGCCAAAAUGCAUCAGGUGAAUGGUGUGUUCACGCUUCUCGCGGAGUGCUACGUUCCAACUUGCUCGCGAAACAGACUUUGUUAUUCUAUUUCAUGCCCUCGUCGUUUGGAGCAGCAAGCGCGACUAAACCUCAAACCAAACACCGGAUUGAAGCGCAAUAUUUCCAUGGCUGUCGAUGAUGAAGAAGAAGAAAAGCCUUCGUGGACAAGCUCUGUUCCUGAGGAGGUUUGGUCCUCGUUAUCGAAGAAAGAAAUAAAACGACAAGAAGCUAUUUAUGAAGUUUUCAUCACAGAGAAGAACUUUGUGAAGUCUCUGGAAGUCAUAAGAGACACAUUCAUGAAAUCUCUUGCUGAAACAAACAUCAUAGCCGCCGACAUCAGAAAAAAUUUCUUGAAACAUGUCUUCGCGCAUGUAAACGACAUCUAUUCUGUGAAUAGACGCUUUCUUGAUAGCCUGAGUGAUCGGCAAAAGUCAUCUCCUAUCGCGGACGGCAUUGGUGACUUAUUCCUCAGGUUCAUACCAUUUUUUGAGCCAUUUGUGAUGUACGUUGCAUCGAGACCCUAUGCCAAGUACCUUAUAGAAACACAGCGGUCAGUUAAUCCGUACUUCGCUAGAUUCGACGAGGACCUCAUGAAUUCAUCUCUACGGCAUGGAAUAGAUUCCUUUUUAUCGCAAGGUGUGUCAAGACCGGGUCGUUAUAUCUUGCUGGUGCGAGAAAUCAUAAAAUCAUCAGACCCGGAAAAGAAUAAAAGAGAUUUGGAAAAUCUCAACAAAGCCUUGGAGGCACUACGAGAGUUCAUGACAAGAAUCGACCGCGCGAGUGGUGCCUCACAGGACAGGCAUGAUAUCGAGCUUUUGAAGCAGAAAAUUUUGUUCAAAAACGAGUACGUCAACUUGGGCCUUAACAAUGGGAAAAGGAAGAUCAAACACGAAGGCGUGCUCUCGAGAAAGGAGCUGACGAAGUCAGAUAGUACGUUUGGUGGUGAUAUCCAAUUUUAUCUCUUGGACAAUAUGCUCUUAUUUCUCAAGGCUAAAGCCGUCAACAAAUGGCAACAGCAUAAAGUUUUCCAAAGACCAAUCCCGCUACCACUUUUGUUUGUAUGCGCUGGCGAGGACAUGCCACCCAUCAGGAGAUACGUUAACAUGUCACCUGAAAGCUCUGGAAUAGUAAUCCCCUCGGACAGUCAUAACAACAACCCUAGAAACGCAAUUACAUUUCUGUAUUAUGGCGCGAAACACAAGUACCAAGUCACGCUGUAUGCAGCACAGUACGCGGCAUUACAGACUCUUUUGGAAAAGAUCAAGCAAGAGCAGGCUCUUCUACAGGCUUCAAAUGAUAUAUUCAAUGUCACAAAAGUCAGUAGCAGGUUUUUCGACUUUACCAAUAAAAUCAACAGUGUCGCUUCGUGUGAUGGGGGGCGCAAACUUUUGAUCGCUACUAAUUUAGGCUUGUACGUCAGUGACACCAAGCGAGAAGUUUCCGCUCACGGACACGAAGCAACAACUUACUUCGCAAGUCCGAUUCGUAUUCUUCACAAAAGCAUCGCUCAAGUGGCAGUGCUGGAAGAGUUCCAGUCGAUUCUGGUGCUCUUGGACAAGAAACUUUACAGCUGUCCGUUGGCGUUGCUAAGGGAGCAAAAAGACGGCACGCAGUAUUUUAAAAAGCAUGCCAAGGAGCUCGUGAAUCACGUCAAUUUCUUCUCCGAAGGCGACUGCGACGGUAAACGGCUUGUAGUGACAGCGCAUAGCUCGUCGCAUUCUAUCAAGUAUUUUGAACACGACCAUCCCAUGCUUGCUGAGGGCAAGAAAAACGUGAAACGCAAGGUGCACGAGAUUGUUUUUGAAUCCGAGCCUGUUUCCAUCUCUUUCCUCAAGACCAAUUUAUGCAUCGGUUGCAAGAAGGGAUUUCAGAUUGUUUCUGUGUCGCAGAAUGUGCACGAGCCUCUGUUGGAUCCUGCCGAUACCUCUCUGGACUUUGCAUUUAAAGACGUGUUGAAGCCUCUGUCCAUUUAUCGUGUGGGCACAUCCAUGUUUCUACUGUGCUACUCGGAGUUUGCAUUUUUCGUGAACAGCCAAGGUUGGCGCAAGAAAGAAUCCUAUGUCAUCCACUGGGAAGGUGAGCCGCAAAAGUUUACCAUCUGGUACCCCUACAUCCUCGCGUUUGACCCCAACUUCAUUGAGAUUCGUAAGAUAGACACCGGCGAGCUUGUGCGGUGCGUCUUGGGCGACAAAAUACGUUUACUACAGGCCACGUCCCAGCAAAUCCUCUACGCUUACGAAGAUGAAAACGGCUACGAUACAGUCGUGUCCCUCGACUUCUGGAGCAAAUGA